GCAUUCUGGGUAAGACGCCGUCAACUUCCUUUUUUUACGCCGGGAUAUUAUCGCCACAUCGACUGCACGUCAAGCUGCUGGAAAGAUGGGAAUGCGAAGACAGAGAAGCACCAAGAACCCACCGGUUUUCAGCCAUGAAUUCUUUAUUCAAAAUCAUGCAGACAUUGUGUCAUGCGUGGCAAUGGUUUUCGUCAUUGGACUGAUGUUCCAGGCAACAGCUCCAGUGGCAUCUCUCUUUGUAACGCUACAGCACAAUGUCACUAAAGUCAACAAUGACACGGGGGAUGAAGUGACAAACUACAUGGUGGGGUUGACAGACCUCUUCUGUGUCUUCUUCUAUCUCCUCAUCUGCAUCGUCGUCCAUGCGGUCAUCCAGGAGUACAUUCUGGACAAACUUAACAGGAAGAUGCAUUUAUCUAAAGUUAAGCACAGCAAGUUUAACGAGUCUGGACAGUUAUUAGCAUUCUACGGUAUUUCUGCAGUGUGGGGAGCAGACAUUAUUAUCAAGGAAAGUUUUGUGAAUAUCAACCAGCUUUGGGAAGACUAUCCUCACAGUGAGCUCUCGUUUAUUGUGAAGUUUUUCUUCAUCAUGCAAAUUUCCUACUGGAUUCACUGUUUUCCGGAACUUUAUUUUCAAAAAGUCAAGAAGGAUGAAAUGUCAUCGAGAAUUCAGUAUGCAGUUUUGUACCUUGUGUUCAUUUCAGGAGCUUUCUUUUUAAAUUUCAACAGAGUAGCCUUGUGCAUGAUUGUCCUUCACUACACAGUAGAAUUCGUCUUCCAUCUCGCUCGACUUUUGUACUUUGCUGAAAAGACCGACUUAGCUAACCACGGAUUCCUGGUGUUCAAUGCUCUCUUUGUUCUUGUCAGACUAGGAACUAUAACUCUGUCUGUCUUAACUUUCUGGUAUGGUUUAGAACAGACCAAUCAACCCAGCAUUGAUGUAUCUACAGGAAAUUACAACACACAGAUGAUCAGGAUAAAUUGUCUGGCUGCUGUCUGUCUACUGCAGGCCUGGAUGAUGUGGAAUUUUAUCAACUUUCAUCUCCGUCGGAUGAGAGAACGUGGAGCAGCUUCCAGAAAGCUCAGGUCUCCAAAGAAAACCCGAUCUAAAGCUUCAGAUGAGGAUAUUAGUUCCCUUCCAGAGGCCGACCAGAAUACUGCCACGGAGAACGGAAUCCGGGCCAGGAAGGGCAAGAAGAACUAACAUCACAGUCUCCAUACGGACAAGUACUAAGCAAACUACAGACUGCAUCUUUGCAUUAUCAAAAUGGAUAAUCAUCAUCGACAUUAUCAAUAUGGAAUUUUAAGAAAAAGGAUCUGAAUUUAUUAUUUUGAUUUCAAAUUUGUUAGAUUUUUGCACAGCAGAGAAAAGCAAGUUGUUUUGUAGUGUUAAGGAUUUUAUGUAAUAAAGUUAUCAUUGCUUGCACAG